AUGCUUAUCAUUAUUUUCUUGUUCUUCUACCUGGUAACAGUGUCUGGAAACGUUGUUAUAAUUACUGUGAUCUGCCUGGAGCUCCGACUUCAAAAGUUAGUGUAUUUCUUCCUUGUCAAUCUCUCCUUCCUGGACAUGACUUACACUUUCACCAAUGUCCCUCAAAAGCUUUACAACCUUGUUGGGGAGAGAAAGGCCAUCUCUUUCACCGGAUGUGCCACCCAAAUGUAUUUCUCCCUCUCCUUUGGGAUGAUCGAAUGCAUCCUUCUUGGGGUCAUGGCUUAUGAUCAGUAUGUGGCCAUGUAUCACCAGCUGCAUUACACUGUUACCAUGAACAGAGUGACAUGUGUCCAGCUGGGAAUCACCUCCUGGAUCAGCAGCUUUCUGAGCUCCCUGGUGAUCAAUGCCUUCACUUCGAGCUUGCCCUACUGCGGGCCCAGUGUAUUAAACCGUUUCUUCUGCGAAGUGCCAACAGUCUUGAGGCUGGCAUUUACAGACACUUCCUUUCUGGAGAUGGUAGUGUUUGUCUUCAGCAUCAUCAUAGUCUUCAUUCCUUUUCUCUUCAACAUGGUCUCCUAUGCCCAAAUCCUCCUUUCCAUCUUCGGGAGACAUUCCACCGCAGGGAGGCGCAGGGCCUUUUCUACGUGUGUUUCUCACCUGACAGUGGUAGCUCUCUUCUAUGAAAUGGCCAUCUUUGUGUACAUGCGACCCCAGUCUGGUGCCUCUCAGGCUGGUAGAAAAGUCAUUCCGUUAGACUACACAGUAAUCACGUCCAUGCUCAACCCCCGAUCUACAGCCUGA